CGUCCCGACCAUAAGUUGGCUACGUUUUUACCGGCUUGUUGACUCGCCGGGAGGGCCAAAUUGUUUCAAGAAAUUGUUGCUUUGACAUAUUGAUUUUAGCCAGAGCCAAAAUGCUAAAAAUGAUUGGGACAGAAUUUGUAUUCAGAAAUAUUAGAUUGUUCAUCAUUGGACUUCUUUACAUCGUUCAUACAUGUACCUCGCAAGGUCAACUAACUCUUCAAGACAUCCGACUUGUUGACGGAACCGACCAGUACGAAGGUCGGCUGGAGGUAAAGUAUAAUGACACAUGGGGCACGGUCUGUACGGACUAUUUCGAAGAUAAAGAAGCGGAAGUCAUCUGCCGCGAGCUCCAAUACACGGGUGGAGCAGCAGUGACCGACGGCCGAUUCGGAGACGGAACAGGAAAAAUUUGGUUGGAUAAUCUAGGGUGUGAGGGAAACGAGCAAUCGCUGGCUACUUGUCAGGCUAACAACAUCGGAGUCCACAACUGUAAACAUUCGGAUGACGCUGGAGUUAUCUGUCAACCACAUGUACAGACCUCACAGCCACAGCCUGCCACGCUGAUCAGGGGACCGGGCGUGCCACAACCGAGUAUAUGUCCCGGAAGUACUGACCCGCAAAUCCGACUUGUUGGCCCAAACAACACAGUAGGUGUAGGAUUUGUGGAGGUCAAAAAUAACGGCGCAUGGGGAGCAGUUUGUGACGACCACUGGGACAUACAAGACGCCAGAGUGGUGUGUGGAUCUCUUUGUUUCAACAAGUCCCUCUCCUUGACUGGGGCUACAUACAACAUCGACUACGUGAAGGCCAACGUAAGCCAGGUGUUCUUGCUGGAUGAUGUGGGGUGUUCUGGCUCCGAGACGAACAUCUUUAAUUGUCAACACCGCGGCAUCGGGGUCAGCAAUUGUCAGCCUGGGGAGUAUGCAAGUGUAACGUGCACACCGAUCCUGCGUACCGUUGAACAACCGCCAGAACCCGAUCUGAGCUGUGACCAUGAACAAUUUACUGCCAGCUUUAGUCGCAUGUAUGACCCAGGACUAACGUACAGUGGAGUUACUGUGGAUCAGGCCCUGAAUUAUACCUCCCAUUGUAAUCCGAAGUACUCGAACACAUCGGCUCACAUCAUUAUUAAGAUUCCAUUCGACGAAUGCGGCACAGAAAUAAGUACCAACGCUUCCCAUAUAUUCUACAAUAUUACCCUUGCUUACAACAACAACAGCGUUGGAGUCAUCACGCGAAAGAAUUUCUACUAUGUGAAGCUCACAUGCGAAUUUCUCCGUAACAAAACCAACGACGCUGGCUAUACCGCCCAACCAAACCAGGUCACGAAAAGUUCAAGAGGAGAAUUCGCUGUGGGCAUGAUGUUGUACGAAGAUGAGAACUUUAACCAACCGUUGUCUGAAAGUCCCACAUUACAGAUGAACCAACCCUUGUCAGCGUCUCUGCACCUCGAGACAUCACUCGAUCACCUGAAGAUCGUGGUACGGACCUGCUUUGCGACACCAUCCGGUUCUUGGACAGACCCUCUCAAUUAUAUGCUGUUCAAAGACAACUGCGCGAACGACGAGACCGUAGCCAUUAUUCCAUGGAACGAGACCAGCAGCGGCUUCCGGUUUAGCUCAUUUAAAUUUGUGGGCUACUCGCACAUUUACCUACACUGUACCAGUCUGGUAUGCGAGAUGCAAGAGAAGGAUCAGCUCUGUGACCGCAGCUGCAAUCCGACAAAUACAGCAGGUCGCCGUCGCCGUCGCCGUCGCCGAAGUUCACGCAGGAAGCGGAACGACUACGCUUGGCUUUAUUCCACCAGUCAGCUAUUGACCAUCAAUGACGAUGUAGACGGUCCGGUUAUAGAGCGCUUCCCAACAACAGACGGAUCUGUAUCAAGGAUGAUCUCUUCAUCUACAACCACAGUUCCCAACAGUGCCUCUUCUUCGUCACCUACCGUUACCGUAACGCAGAGACCCACCAAGAAAGCAGCCUCUCCAGGUCCGGAGACUACUAGCAGAACCACUUCUUUCUCCACCUUACAGCCAAGUAGCAGUUCCGUUGAGGUCAUCCCAGGCAUUGUCGUCAAGUCGACUAGCCUGCCAACAGGACCGAACUUGGAGUCAAAUGAAGUGAACGAGAUUCCAGAUGAGGAGGCAUCAUUGUUAGAUGGGACGUUGGCGGGAGAUGUGUCGUCUGCCUCACGCGUCAUGACGUCACUGCUUCCCUUGUUGACGAUUGCACUGCUGUCCCGGAGCCUGUAAAAACACUACGACUGAACAAGGACUAUUCUCUUUCAAUGCAAGGAGAAUUUUGGCUUAACUAACUAUCAUAAUAACGUUUGCACUUGGAUUUUGCGGUUUUAAUUAGAUUACUGUUUCCUAAGUUAAACUCAAUUUGCGACGGAAUAAACAGUAAUGUUUUACCUUAAUAUAACCUGGAAAACCAGAACAAAAUAUGGCUAUCUCGGAAGUAAUGAUCAUUAAAAAUACAAUAAAUUAUAAAUGGAAAAGUUUCCAUAGGCUUUUAUUCUUAUACCGCUCAUUCGCGUCAUCGCGUUUAUGCAAUGUUACCAGGCUAAUGUAUAGCGUCAUCAAUACCGGUGAACAUGUCAUGAGCCCUUGAUGAUGGCGCCUUGUACGUGGUAAACCAUUAAAAUGCACAUGGAUCUUUACGGUAGGAAAAAAUGGAGAAAACUAAUUAAUCACUCCUUUGUGAUGCAAACCGAGAAAUUUCAACCCUCGGGAUAAGCUUUCCGUUAAAGUUUAGCACGAUACUUAACCGAGGGGUGACUCAAUGUGUAUUAUUCAGUUUGUGUUUUGGCAUCGACUUUAAGUUUUUGAGACUCAUGUAUAUUUUUGUUUGUUUAACUUUUUAUUACAUGCGAUAUCUACCUAACAAUAUUACUAAAGGUUUGUGUCAUGAAUUUUGUCACACAUCUCAUGUGCCAUUGAAGAUGGCGCGGUACAUUGGAUUCACCAUAACAACCUAAUUUUACGGUAGAAAUGAGUGGGAGAAACAUGAUCAAUCACUUCCGUGUUGUGCAAACAGGGAAAGCUCAACCCUCGGGAUAUGUUGUUUUGUGGUUUAACUCGAAGCUUUACCGAGCGGUGAUUCCAGGUGUUUUAUUCAGUGUUGUUUUGGUGUCUCCUCGCUCCAUAUUCGCUUCGACUUUAUGUUUUUGAGACUUGCAUAUAUUUUGUUUGUUUUACUUUAUAUAACACACUAUCUAUAUUUACAGUUUUACUAUAGUCACGACGCGAGUUUUUUUUUAAAACUCUAAUUAAGGUUUUAAUGCAGCUAUUUCCAGUUUGCAGUAAUAUAUUACUUCUUCCACAGGUGUUUUGUUAUCUGACUUAGCUGAAAGCCAACUGAUUCGAUGUGGUAGCGUGGUAUUCUUUGUCAGUCUGCCAUUUUGGUUUUUUUAAUAACGGCUGAACGGACAUUACUUUGGUAUGGAGCACUAUGAUAUGAUGGAUUUUUACUGAAUGGUUUAAUGACAGUGUAAAAGGUUUUCGUUAGCAAUAUUUAGAUGUUCUAAAAAGUUUAAAUAGUAACAAAUGUUAUACGACCCAUUCUGUCCUUAUUUAUUACUAAGAAAAGGGAAUGUAAAUAUUUGGAAUCUAAGUUAAAGUGACAAUUAAUAAUUAAGUACCAAAGGUGAUACGCUGGAAUACCACGGUUUAUGAGAAAACACAAAUGUACUCGGUCUUUCUGCAAAAAAAGACAAUGAAAAAACCCCAUUAUGGACAGACAAUAAUGUUUUAAUAAUAAUAAAUGAUAUAAAUCAAGAUAAUGACUCAAUCCAACAGGACAUUUUCACUGAUAAUUCUAUUGUUUAUGGUGAAUUAGAUGCUCCAAUACUUUUUUACGAUCUGCUAUUCGGAAUUUGAAACGUGGCAAAUCGCACAGACUAAAUGGCUUGUUAAAGAAAUAUUUUACUUACUGUGAAGAAUUACACCUUCCAAACUUAUAUGAUAUUAGUGUGUUGUUUACCAAUAUUGUAUAGAAGUUGAAUGUUUUUCUAGCUGUUAAUAGGCAAUCUGUUAUUAUGUUUUUCCUGUUCACUACAAAGGUGUAUGAAAUGACUCUAACAAUUUUCGGGAUAUCGGUUUUAGCGUGACUGUCUUUUGCAAACGUUUUACCUCUAUUUUUCAGAAACGUAUUCUAGACGUAAUUACAUAAUAUGACAUAUUAACAGAUGGUCAGUUCGGAUUUUGGACGGAAGUGAGUACGAUACAUGCUUUAUUCGCAUAUCAUUAUAUAAUAAAUAACAAACGCGUUUUCUUCUAAGAAAAAAUGAUAUUGGUGUUUUGUGGACUUUAGUAAAUCAUUUGACUUCGUAGAUAGGUUAAGCUUAUGGCGCAAGUUGACUACGUUCAAUUGACUCUCGUAUGAAUAAGUCCUUUUUUAAAUCAGUAAACUCUUAUGUUUUACUUAAUGGGAAAUGAUAUAAUCUUUUAAUACUUGUAUGUCGGAUUAAUACAAAGGGGAAUUGUAUCACCAUGCCUGUUCUCACUUUUGUCAGUGAUUUUGAAACCUCGAUUUUUGUUCAAACGGCGCAACAGAUAACGACUUUGGUCUGUUAUGUUCAUUUCUGUUAAUAUACGCAGGUCAUUUGGUUAUCAUUUUAGAAUAUAUUCAGGGCCUGCAGACUCUUAUUGAUAGCCUUUUUGAAUAUUCUACAGUAAAAAAUGGAAGUUAACAAUUAAAAAAACAAUUCAGGAAUAUUGGUCUUACAAUUUUGAAAUUGUAGACAUAUUCAGCUAGCUAGGCGACGAUGAUAAAAUUAUUCUUAUACAGAACCAGGGCCGUACGUUAUGUCUGCUCUUUUGUGAAAAGUAUGUUUUAAUGUUCUCUUACUUCAUAGGUCAAGUAAAACGUUUGUAUAAUAUAUAGUUAGUUAUGUCCUCGGACAUCAUGUUAUGUUUACCAUAAGUCUGUGAUAUAUUGUACAAUUUCCUGUUAUUGAAUUACUAUUUCUUUUUUUUCAGUCUGUUUGAAAGUAUAUUAAAGAA